AUGUGGUCUCAAUUACUUGGCGCCUAUGCUGUGGCAGCACCUUUGGUGGCAGCACAGUCCGACAUUCCAAUUUCGGGGUCGCUGCAAUCAAUCCUCGACAAGGCCGGAUCAAACCCUUUAUAUCAGUAUCCAACACAGCUGACCCAAGGCAUUAUCCCCAAGGCGGUCCAUAGUCACAAUGAUUACUGGCGCCCUGUGCCGUUCUACAGCGCCUUGGCCAUCGGAGCUGUCAGCAUUGAAGCUGAUGUCUGGCUGUACGAUGGGACGCUCUACGUGGGACACGAGCAGAGUGCGCUGACCAAGUCACGCACUUUUGACUCUCUCUACGUGCAGCCCAUCCUCGACGUGCUGCACCAUGAGAACCCAAACAGCUCAUUCGUCAGCGGUGCGACGAAGAAUGGAGUCUACGACACAUCGUCGUCGCAAACCCUUUACCUCUUUGUGGACCUUAAGACCGACGGUGCCACCACCUGGCCCGCUGUCAUCAAGGCUCUCGCACCCUUGCGCAACGCAGGGUAUCUGACUACCUACAACGGCACCGCCGUUGUGAGCGGCCCCGUGACCGUGAUCGGAACUGGUAACACGCCGCUGAAUCAGGUUCAAGGGGUCUCACCAAGAGACUACUUCUGGGAUGCGCCGCUACCCACACUGGGAACAACCUUUAGCAACAUUACCAAGGAUGUCUCACCGAUUGCCAGCACGGCUUUCUCUGCACAAUUCGGAAGUGUCAGGAAUCAGGCGCUCAAUAGCACCCAAACAGAGCUUUUAGACAGCCAGAUAGCAACAGCCCACGCCAAGGGGAUUGCCGUGAGGUACUGGGACCAGCCCGGUUGGCCAGUUGGAACGCGAAAUGCCGUGUGGAGAAUCUUGUGGGACGCAGGUGCCGAUCUGAUCAAUGUAGAUGACCUCGAAGCAGUGGCUAACUUCUGGGAAGAGUCGGGCUAA